AGGUUUGAACAAGGUUAUUACACCGAACGCCACUAACAAAGGGUUGGAAGAAGCGCUCUGUUGCAGACGGAAUCUUAUAGAGGAUGAUUCAGCUUCUGUUCACGGUAAUCGCAGCCGAAAUGGCUCUGAUUUUGACUCUACUCUUCAGGACGCCUCUGAGGAAGCUUGUGAUCUUGAGUUUGGAUCGUGUUAAGCGUGGAAAAGGCCCAAUCGUCGUUCAAACAAUCGCCGGAACUGUCUUCGUUGUGCUUAUUUCCAGCGUCUAUAGCAUGGUUAAGAUCCAGAAUCGGAUGAUUGAGGCUGGUGAGGUUAAUCCCACGGAUCAGGUCCUUAUGUCCAAUCACUUGCUUGAAGCUUCUCUCAUGGGGUUUUUGUUGUUCCUUGCCCUGAUGAUUGAUAGACUACAUCACUACAUCCGAGAGCUUCGACUGCUCCGAAAGACCAUGGAGGUCGCAAAGAAGCAAAUUCGAGCAUCAGAGGAUGCAAGCGUGGAGAAGCUUAAAUCCCUGGGAGAAGAGGCAACUACCUUGAGGAGUAAAAUAACCAAACUGGAAGCUGAAGUUGAGGCAAAAACAAAAGAAGCAAAUGCUGCAGAAGCAGAAACAGAAGCCUUAAGAAAGCAAUCUGAGGAGUACCUGCUAGAGUACGAUCGGUUGUUGGAGGACAAUCAGAAUAUUCGGAAUCAGUUGGAGUCGAUCGAACAUGGCUCUUCAUAAUCUUGUAAUGCAUUUAGAGGCUGUCGUUCAAUCCUUUUCGCAUCGUGUCGUUGGAGGCUUAAGAAAAUCAUGUGUUUAUGCUUCGCUCUUAAUCGAAGUGCCUCUGGUUAGCUGGGUCUGUCUGUAUCAGUGAAAUGAAAUUUAAGGUGGGAUAUUAAAAGUGGGAGCUUGCUUAAUCCAUUUAAGACUACUUUCCAUGGCUGGUUGUUUGUUUGUUUGUCUUUUGAAUGUAAUUACAUUGUAUAUGACAAUGUGAUCCAAUGCCAAUUGAUUUUGCUAAA